CAACAGAAGUAAGUUCUAACAACUUCAUUCUCAAUUAUAUAACAAAUAAUGGCAACCGGAAACGAACUUGCCGUCUUGCGCCGACGCCGAGGCCAUUGUACCGGUCACUUUACACGCUUAUCAAAAAAACUGGACGAAAUCGAACAAUCCGACUGUCCGCAAGAGAGCGGGUUAAUCCAAAUUAAAAAUCGUCUGGAAACACAUGAGACGGAAUUCCGCGCCAUUCAAAACGAGAUUAUAAGUAUAGAUGAGGAAGAAACCACUCGCGGCUUUGAAAUAGCAGACGAGUAUGAAAAAUUAGAACUCCGAGUAAUCAAUCAACUAAACAACAUACGAUUAGCCACGUCGUCGAAAUCGACAAACGGCGAAUCAGCCGCCGGUCGCGAGUCUGCACCGCUUAAACUACCAGAGAUUCGGAUACCUACCUUUGAUGGCAUCCUCGAGAAUUGGCAUUCAUUUUACGACUCCCUCUAGUCAACGAUAGAU